UUUCCAUUUUCAACGGGUGUGCAGAAGACUAGACUCGGAACAUUUCACACUGCAAAAAUACUAAAUCUGUUCAACCGCUUCACAAACGACACAAGAAAUAAACCAACGUCAUCGAUUUGUUGGUACAAGAAAUUAAAUCAAGGCAGCCAUUUCAAUUUGGUUUAAGGGUCAGGAUUAAAGCAGCAAACAUUGGCGACUAUUGUUUGAAUUUUCAAAAGGGGUGUACGCGUAGCUGGAUCGAAGAACCCACUUGCCUAGACUAGAGUUGCUAUAUAGAAAUUUCCACAGAACCCCCAACUCCCGUCUCCCUUUUACGCAUUUAAUGUUUAAUGUUCUUUGUCUUUCUUUCCUUUCAAAGUUGCAUAGGUUUCAGUAUUUAAGUCGGUUUGGUCAUAUUAUUAACAGUCCUUGAAGGAGCAUACAAAAGCUGCUGCUUUAUCAUAUAGAUAUGACUUGCUUCCCUUUUUUGUUCAGCAAGAGGGUAAAACCCCCAACAAGAAGUUUGGUCGACGAAGAAGAUUUUUCGAGCAUGCAAAAUGUUAAAUUUUACACAUACAAAGAGCUAAAAGUUGCAACCGAAGAUUUCAGCUUGGCGAAUAAAAUAGGGGAGGGUGGUUUUGGUUCUGUCUACAAGGGAAAGCUAAAAGAUGGAAAGAUUGCUGCCAUAAAAGUUCUUUCGGCUGAGUCAAGACAAGGAUUGAGGGAAUUCUUGACAGAAAUUAAUGUCAUCUCUGAGAUAGAACAUGAAAAUCUGGUUCAGCUUUAUGGCUGCUGUGUGGACGAUAAUCAUAGAAUUCUUGUCUACAAUUACCUUGAGAACAAUAGCCUUGCACAAACUCUUCUUGGACGAGGUUACAGUAGCAUCCUGUUUAAUUGGCGAACAAGGUCUAAGAUUUGCAUUGGAAUUGCACGUGGGCUUGCCUUCCUGCACGAGGAUGUACAGCCACAUAUUAUACAUAGAGAUAUUAAAGCUAGCAACAUUCUUCUCGAUCACGACCUCUCUCCUAAAAUUUCAGAUUUUGGCCUUGCGAAGCUUAUUCCAGCCAGCAUGACUCACGUCAGUACACGAGUGGCAGGAACAAUUGGUUACCUAGCUCCGGAAUACGCAAUAAGAGGGCAGGUGACAAGAAAAUCAGACAUCUACAGUUUCGGAGUCUUGCUUGUGGAAAUAGUCAGCGGAAGAUGGAACACUAAUACACAAUUACCAAUUGGAGAACAAUAUCUUCUUGAAAGGACAUGGAAUCUGUAUGAACGAGGAGAGCUCGUUCUCCUAGUUGAUACAUCCUUAAACGGGGACUUCGAUGCUGAGGUGGCUUGUAAAUAUCUAAAGAUUGGCCUACUUUGCACACAAGACAGUCCAAAACUUCGUCCAUCCAUGUCGACUGUGGUAAAGAUGCUAACGGGCGAGAUGAGUAUCGAAGACAGAAAGAUAACGAAACCGGGGCUGAUUUCGGACUUCAUGGAUCUAAAAGUAAAGAAUCCAGAUGAAAAGAAAGGGAAAAGAGAAGAGGGGGUGUCUUCUGAUAGUCUGUCCUCAGGAUCAAACAUCCUUGGAAAUUCAACAAUGUCAUCUGAAGCCUCAACUGUUACAACAGCAACCUUCACUGCACAAUAUGACAGGAAUACUUUCUCAUCUGUACUGUGAAAGUGACUAAACCCAAUUUAAUUUAUUCUCUUAGGUCGUAGAGUUUUGGGAAAGAGUGUUACAUUGUUUGAUAUGUUUUUUCUUUUGGUCGGAAGAGUUAUUGGAAGGCUUUGUAAUAUAUCGUAGAAAUUUAUAUGCGUUCCCUUGCUUUCCUUGGCUUCCA